AUGGUGCAUCCGUGCCUGUUUUGCAAUUUUUUGUUCACCCUCAAGGGCGGGCUCAACGCCCGGAGCGCCGCCAUCAGGAGCAGCACCGGCGCCAGCUCCAGCAUCGGCGCCAGCUUUUCGCUGCUCUAUGGAAUCCCGCAGCGCACCGGCGACAAGGAGGUUGGCGUCAAAACCGGCGGCAAGGAGAAGAUGCGCAUCACUUCGGUCCUGACGGUGUUCGCCGACGGCAGCAAGCUGCCGCCCCUCGUCAUCUUCAAGGGCCAGCCCACGCCGAAGGGGAAGGCCCCUGCCGCCAACAGCAUCGAGCGCGAGUUCAAGGACUACAAGGACAAGAAGGGCUACGCAUACCCUCGAGGUGUCGUCUACGCCGUGGACCCAAAGGCAUGGCACUCCCAGCGGGUGUUCAACGAGGUCUGGCUGCCUCAGGUGUGGAACCAGCGCCCGGGGCGGCAGGGUCGCCUGGGCGGCUACCGUCAGCCUGACACGCUGCUGGCGUGGGACGACUACACCGUCCACAAGACGGACGCGUCUACCAAGGCGAUGGCGGAGUCCAACACGACGCUGUUUCUCAUCCCGGGAGGCCUGACUCCCAAGCUCCAGCCGUGCGAUGGCCUCGUCAACAAGAUCUU